CUCAACGUGCUGGAACUGGGCACCUACUGCGGCUAUGCCACCAUCAUCAUGGCGCAGGCCCUGCCCCUGGGGGCCCGCCUCUACACCGUGGACUACAACGCCAGGAAGGCCGCCGUGGCUGAGAAGGUCAUCCGAUUGGCCGGCUUCGAUGAUGACACGGUGGAGCUCCUGGUGGGUCCCUCGGAUGAGGUCAUCGCGCAGCUGAAGGACAAGCACGGCGUGCAGAAGUUGGACUUCAUCUUCAUGGAUCACGGGAUGCGCUGCUACCUGCGGGACCUCCAGCUGCUGGAGGAAGUGGGCCUCCUGCAGGAAGGGACCAUCAUCCUGGCGGACAACGUGCUCUUCCCGGGGGCCCCCCACUUCCUGCAGUACGUGAAGAGCUCCGGGAAGUACCAGUGCAAGAUGCACCGCGGCAACCUGGAGUACUUCCGCUACAUCCGGGACGGGAUGGCCGAGCUGACCUACACCAAGCUGAUAUGA